AUCACAAUGCUGCUACUUCCAGAGGCUUUUAAUUCACAAAAAAAAAGAAAAAAAAAAAGAAACUCGUGCACGCAUUGCGUGCCUCUGUUUAGAAAACUAGUACCACCACAGGUAACGCAAGCUCCUUUGGGAAUCGUCAACAUGACAUUGCGUAACAGCAUUAUCAUGAGGGUUUGUAUUGGAAUUUAACUAUCGUACAAAAUAGUUCAAAAUAAGGGAAAAAAUAAACUCGACUUACCUGUCCUGUUGUUUGUGUUUUUAUGGCGACUUCAGUACCAGCCCCUGAUCCGCUACCUUGAUCGCGUGACAUUUGUAUUUGUCACGCACUGUUUUUGCUUGGCGUCCGCCAUGUUGAAUGGGAUGUCGAGUUAAACGCUGCUUCCUUCUACUAGGGACCUCGUCGUUGAGCUAAGAUGUCAGAAUACGAGUAUAGUGGUCUUCUCUUCGACAUCAGUGAGAAACUAGACGUAAACAAGCUGUCAAAAUUGCUUUUCAUGUGCAGAAAAGAUAUCGCGCAGGGCAGCGAACGGAACAUUCGCGAUGUACGUUCACUUUUUACUGAACUAGAAAAACAAAAUCGAAUUGGAAUUGAUCGCCUAGAAAAUUUGAAAGAAAUAUUGACACAGAUGAAGAAACCAUCGCUGCGUAAGAAAGUGGAGGAGUUUGAGAUCAGAAGGAAAGCCCAGUCAGUUGGUAUAGUUUCUUCAUUGAAGCGAGCGGCAACAUGUAUAAAGGGAGCGAUUAAGCUGGUUUGUAAUUUUCGUACCAUCGCUGGAGGUCUCUUGGUCGUUACCAGUGGUAUGGCCUUACGCAGCUGCUCCAGUCUUGAUGAAUUCGUGGAGGCCUUCAGCAAAGUUGUUUUGGUUUCAUAUUCCAAACUAGCUGAGAUCAGCGAAGGCUCUCUCUGCUUCACAGUGCAAGCGGAGACAUCCUCAGCUUUGAAGGAAUUGUGGGACAUAUACAAAGAUGGAACAUUACAGAAUCGCCUUCAAGAAUUCCUAGUCACUGAUGAAAUCAAACAGUUGGCAAGCGGGGAGGAUGUUGCGGUGACUGUGUAUAUUGAUGAACAGGAGUAUAAGGCAGCCUACCUUGAUCUAAUGCUUCUACAAAAAGAAGAGUCUGAUGCAACAGAAGAGGAACAACUUGGAGCUCGAGGAAGAAGUCGCAGGAACUCGGACUCUUUUCUUGGCUUCAAGCAAAGUGAGGAUGAUGUGACUCUGAUGAAACUGGAACACGCGGAAAACAAAUGGGCAUUCGAAAGGCAAAGAAGGCAAUUUUUAGAAGAAGAAAACAAGAAACUAAGAACGGAGAUUGCAGUCGCAGGAAAUGUACAGAGGAGAUCGUUUUGGCAACAGGAGGAGAGUGCUGAAGAAACUGAAGGCCUUGAAAUACCUAGAGAAAGGCAUGGAAGAAAUUCUGAUUCUAGGUUGUAUUGCAAGGCGAGGGAUGAGGCGACUGCACAGAGUGAAAACGGAGCAGAAACAAAACAUCUGGACUCCGAGAAAUAUGAUUUCGUUCAGAGCUAUCUACAGAACAUCCAAGAGACACACAGUAUGACAACAGAGACGACUGACAGUGGAAUAAGAACACAUGGUGAACCAUCUGAUCUUGAAACGCAAGACAUCUCUGAUCACACAUUUCAACGUCGCUUGGAAGAUCUCAGUGAAGAUGUUAUCCGUCAACUCAAGUCAAGACUACAAGGCGACCACGGUGCUACGAGACUUAUUUAUCAAUCAUUUAGAGUCCCUUUUCAGGGAUCGAUGAAUAUUUUCAAAUUAUUUCCUGACACUCCUGUGAAGUUAUUUGUAGACGUUCUUGAGGCUUUACAGCUUUAUGAUCUAGUAGAUUUGCUGUCGGAGAUACCGCAACCUGUCAGAUCGUUACGGCCCGCUCUUCCUUUACAAGAGAUAGAGAAACUGAGGAAAACUACUGAUCCUCGUCCCACAACCUAUCAUAGUAAUGUUGCUGUUCUGAUUAUUACUGGCGAAAAGAAUUCUUUUUCAGAAGGGAUUGAGAGGUUUUUUAAAGGUUUCGGCUCAAAGAGCGAUGUAACUGUAUUUGAAUGGAAAAGACUAGCAUACGGCGAGUUGAAAUCACGGCUAUCACGGCCAGAAAGACUGGAUGAAAGAGAGAGGCAAAGGAGGAUGCAGGAGAUACGGAAAGAGAUGGAGACCAAUGAGACCGCUGUGUCAGCGGUCAUAGAAAGGUGGAUACACAACCAAGGAAACUAUUCAUUGUUUGCUGUGUUUGUAGCCGAGAUGUUCAGGAUGUUUGAGUCUACGUAUUUUUUUGGAGAGGCAAUGAAAAGACUGGUGUCCGAAAUUCCAGACAAAAUUAAAUUUUUUAUAGGGAGCUGGAUCCCAGUCAGUGUCCGAGAAUCUUCAGAGAGCCUCGUGGUAAUUGCUGCUUAUGCCGAAUACGCGCUCCUUGAACGUCUGAUGCUGGAUAUUCUUAACAAGCGCUGGCAGACGCUGGACCUGAUAUCAAUGAUGGAAGAGUUAAAAAGGUCUGUGACUAAAGAGCAUAUCGGGCCUAGGAAGAUAUGGUUUAACCCGGCUUUUCCAGUGGUACCAGUACUAACAGACAGUUUGUCGUCUCGUCCAAGAUUUAAAAAGGAGGAGGAUCCGACUGACAGUGCGUAAGUUAAUUGUCUUGAUAGUUCUUUAUAUCACACAGCUCCAAUUGAUCUUAUUGGUGGAAAUGUCCUGGUUUUCAAAAGCCAAGAAAAAAAGAACCAAAUAAAAUAUCGUGGAUAGCUUUGAUUGUAGAAUUAUAAAACCAUUCGUCGCUCAGAUAAAUGUACGGUAAAAGGUGUGGGUAGUUAACUUUCUUAACUCUUUCGUCUGCCUGACCGACAGACACCUUGUCGGUCUAACUUGUGGUCAUAAGGACUCGAUGCCAAAGGUCUGAAAAUCACCUUCACCUUUCCUCCUGCUUUGAGCACCUUUGGGUCCGCUAUUGAGUACUUGGUUCUGACACGAGACUAACACUCGAAACAGUUCCUAUUGUGGAAUUAUAGUUGGUGACAAUUGUAAACUCACGAUUGACUGUAACACAGAAGAUGAAAGGCUCGGAAUCAUUUUCUUGUAUAGAUUUUGAACAGUUUUUAUUACAGGUAAAUGAUGUGAUUUACUUAGCUUUUAGUGUAUCUGUUGGUGUAAAGUCUCGCCGUGGCCAAUGAUACCUUGGCGGUGUAGGAGGGUAUGAAUGGAAUCACGGUUUAACUGAUAGCUGAGUCCACACUACUUCGUAGAAAUUUGAAAACGAUGUCUUCACUCUG